AUGGCAGAGGCGGAGCUCGCCAAGCUUCGGCGGCUGCCGGAGAACCGCCGCUGCGCCACCUGCAAGCACGAGGACCGGCUCGGCUACAACGCGAUCUGCGUAAAGUUCCAGAUCUUUGUGUGCGGCGAUUGCAAGUCGGCGCACCAGGCCUUCUCGCACCGGUGCAAGAGCGUGACGAUGUCCAACUGGAACAAGGACGAGGUGCGGGCGCUCACAGGGGCGGCGGGAGGCGGCAAUUUGGCCAACAUGGCGAAGUACUUUGCGAAGCUGCCCGCCGACUCGCCUCAGUGGCCCGUCAAGGGCUGCCACCCCAACGACCUCAAGGAGUUUGUGCGGAUCGCGUACGAGGAGAAGCGCUGGUACUCGGACGUGCCCUCGCCCGGCCCCACCGGCAGCGCGACGCCGCCGCCGGGCAACGCCACCCCGGCCGAGCCGGCGACGCUCUACUCUGCCUCGGCGCCGGGCUCCUAUGCGGGGGGGAUGGACCUGCUGGGAGGGGACUCGAUCACCGUCGACCGCAGCGCGGGCGUCUCUGGCGGCGGCUUUUCCGCCUUUGAGGCCGCGGGCACGCCAGACGCCUGGGCCAGCUUCUCCGCUGCGCCCGCGCCGGCGGCGGCGGCGAGCGGCGGCGCCGACAGCUGGCAAACCUUCUCCAGCGCGCCGCCGCCCGCGCCGUCGCCCCCGAAGCGCGCGUCGUCGUCGCGGGACGGAUGGGCGUCUUUCUCCGCCGCCCCCUCGGGCAGCCUCCCGCCCGCCUCGCCCAGCGCCGCGUUUGACGACUUCGUCUCCGCGGCGCCGGCGGGGACGGCCUCCGCGCCGCCCUUGCGCAAGUCCUUCACCGCCCCGAGCGGCGCGUGCGUCGCCUCGGCUGGCACCACCGCCUAG